UUUGGCUGUUCAGACAGGAGCCUGAGCUCUCAACUCAUUCAACCCAGCAAGACAGAGCUGAACACUGCACACACAGCAAGAACACAUUCAUUGCAAAGCAAGAAGUCAAGUUUAGGACAACAGCAAGAAUGAAGACAACAAUGGCAACUCUGAUUCUCUGCCUGGUGGUGCUCCUGGCCACAGGUUUCCCUCUGGAGAGGAAAGGGUCACCCUCAGGCGGUGCUGCCAAGGAGAAGCGUGUACAGUAUGCAGCGUGGGACGAUGUGAAUGUCAUUGCCCACGGUCUCCUGCAGCUGGGCCAGGGGCUGAAGGAGCACGUCGACAAGACCAAAGUCCAGAUGAGGGACAUCUCCACCAAGCUGAAGGUCUUCAACCGCACGGUGACCGAGCUGGGAAAGGAAAGCCAGAGGCUGCGAGGGGAGGGGGAGGCCCUGAAGGUUCAGGCCCGGGGACUGGAGGACAGAGAGGGGCAGCUGCUGAAUGUCACCGCCGAGCUGAGGGAGAAGGCAGAGGAGAUGCAGCAGGAGAGGAGGACGAUGAGUGAGAGGGUGAGCCGGCUGGAGGAGAAGGUGGACAGCAUGCUGCAGGGAGACACACUGCUGUCUGACUCAAAUGCGGGUGCCAAGAACAAGAGUGAUGCUCGCAACGUCCAGCUGAUGCUGGAGUCUCAGAACAAACGCAUCGAUGAUCUGAUGGGGAGGAUCAGACUCCAACAGGAGAAGCUUGACAAGCAGAAUGUGCGCAUCAGGACGCUGCAGAGCCAGAUCCAGCAUUCACGACAGAGAUCCUCCCCGCAGAGCAGCAACACUGACGGCUCUGAGCAAAGUGGCGUCUUGGAGCAAGGCGACUCGCCAGUUGAGGUAGCAUCAGACUGCCAUGAGCUUUUCCUCAGAGGAGAGACCACGAGUGGGGUCUACACCAUCCAGCCAAUAAACACAGAGCCCUUUAAAGUCUUCUGUGAGAUGACAGCCGAUGGUGGAUGGACAGUGAUCCAAAGGCGCCAAGAUGGAUCAGUGGACUUUGACCAGCAGUGGCAAGCCUAUGAGAAAGGCUUUGGCAGCCUGAAUGGAGAGUUCUGGUUGGGUCUAGGAAAGAUCCACUCCAUUGCUAAAGAUGGUGGCUACACCCUCAACAUCAAGCUCUCCGACUGGGGGGAUGACUUGGCAUCCAUCCGCCUCCCGUUCCAACUGGGCGGAGAGGAAACCAAGUACUCGCUCCAGAUUCAGGAGGUCGGCACUUUCGGAACCUUGGAGAGUUCCCUGGGGACUGACGCCACCUCCGGCCUGCCCUUCUCCACCAGUGACCAAGACAACGACCAGAAAAACGACACCAACUGCGCAAAGCACCUUUCUGGUGGUUGGUGGUUCAGUAACUGCGGACGCUCCAACCUAAACGGUAGAUACUUCCAGAGUCCUCCUCCCAAGCAGCGACACCAGAGGAAGCAGGGCAUCUUCUGGAAGACCUGGAGGGGCCGCUACUAUCCUCUCAAGUCCAGCAUGAUGAUGAUCGCCCCCGCUGCCAUUGAGAACAAGUCAUAAAAAUAGAAAGAGACAAAGAGAAAAAGGUCAUAACAAAGACACAAGGGAGGGAAAAAAGAUUUUUUUAGAUUUUGGACUGCUCUUUCCUUGGUGCUCGGUUGAUGAGUUAGAGGUUUCCGUUCCCCUGGUUGUCUCCCUGUGGGGAAGACUUCAUACAGGACCUCAAAAUAAAUGAGUUCCACAUUUCCAUUGCACUGUUCUCUGAGAGACGAGCAGAUUUCUUCUCUGCACCUAAAGCCACAAAUGGAAAAAAAGAGACAAAAAUAAAAGACGCAGUGGAAAUAUUUCGUUCCACCACAGUAGUUGAUUCCAUCUGUUGGUGGAAACAGGGGCCCGAAGUCAGGGGAGCGUCACCGGGCGAGUCCAGGCCUGUCUACUGUGCUGUGAGCCACAAAACACCUCCAGCAAGUCGAGACCCGUCAACAGACGUGUGCUGUGCAUUGCUGUCGACUUUGAAUGUGGCUUCAUAGCGAGUAAACAGCACUGACAGCUCAAAAACAACCAACUGCUCUUAUUUUGUAGAGGAUUCAUGUAGGAGUGACAUGCAGGCCCGUUAAGUGAGCCCUUCAAACCCGACGGUGCGGACCAAAUGGUGACUGAAUUGAAACAGUCAUUUUCCACAUGAGAUGAUGAGAUUAGUGUUUGAAAGCAUUAUUUUAAGUUAUAGAAUCACUGUAAACUUGGAUUGCGAUGCAGAAACUGUGUUAAGACUGAUGUUAGAAAGCAGUUCAAGGGGCACUGAAAACCAUUCCAGCCUUUUGUACAGCAUAAAGGACAUUCUGCCUGCAGAUUUGAAUCAAAUUAAGCAUAUUCUUCACCAUCUUAAAUUGUUCUGUGGAGAUUUAGAUGAUGUUAAGUCAUAUUGACUACUUUUAAGAUGAGCGACAUGGUUUUGUACAUAGUGUAUGAAGAAAUGUCAUCUGUCUUUUCAGAAAUGUAACUGUUACUGAUUUGUCGUGACACUAUCUGUUCUGUCUUUACUUGAGAGUUUGUUGUUGUAGAGGUUCACUUUUCUUAUUUAAAUGAUGGAAAGAAUCUAUAUAUAUAUAUAUAUAUUUCUGGUGCUGCCUGUUUGUAAUUUAUAUCGUCUUUGAUGUGUUUAACAGAUGUAAGAUUGUUUUUUUUUAAAGAAAAUGCCAUCUUUUGGCCAAAAUGAGCCAAUAAAAUUGAUUUAAACUAA